AUGUGCGUGUUGGCGAGUGGCAACGCGCGUUAUGCGUGUUGGUCGCAAAUCUUCGACAUUAUCUGCCGUGGCGCCCGUCUGUAUCCCAACAACCGCGCCGUCGGCUACCGCAAGCUCAUCAACCUCCAUGUGGAGACCCAUAAGGUCCAAAAGCACGUCGAUGGCAAGCUACAGACGAUCAAUAAGGAAUGGCAGUUCCUGGAACUCACACCGUAUUCCUUCAUCACCUACAAGGACUAUAAGAAACUCAUCAUCGAGCU